ACUUGCAUAUGAGGUGUCCAGAUUCCUCAGGUUCAACCUUGGCGCGCACUUGGUGCCGCGCAGCUUCGGGCGUCCUUUGGCGAUAACCGAUGUGACGUCAAGCAGCGGCGAAGUAAGUAAAACGCCCGCAUCCAACGUGCGUCUGCCCGGCUGGGACGGCCUCGUUGCAAAUGUCCGUUUAAGGACGCUCUUCUCUCUCUUGUGGGUGUUAUUAAGAUGGGAUUCUUUGAGGCUCUUAGAGAUUUCAGUUUACUGACAUGGUUAAGGGAAGAAAGACAAUCCCGGAGGCUCAUCCUGAUCAUCGUUUUUAUCGCCUUGCUGUUGGAUAACAUGCUGUUGACGGUAGUGGUACCUAUCAUCCCAAGCUACCUGUACUCAGUUGAUGACUCUGUUCCAGAGGUCGUAACCCCGCCUACUUCAUCGGCAUCCCCCUCUGGAACAUUCCGGGCAAUAGUGUCUCUGUACGAUAACUCUACACGUCUGACCAACCUCAGCCCACGGGACAGUGCCCGGGGUGUGACCCCAAUCCCAACCCUGACCCCGGCUGUGACUUCAAACGCCUCCGACUGUCCAAAAGCAGAUCAGCAGCUCUUGAAUGAGAAUGUGAAAGUGGGACUUCUCUUUGCCUCAAAGGCCACCGUACAACUCAUCACAAACCCAUUCAUAGGACCACUCACAAACAGAAUAGGCUACCAGAUUCCCAUGUUCGCUGGGUUCUGCAUCAUGUUCCUCUCCACACUCAUGUUCGCGUUCUCAGCAAGUUAUGCGCUGCUGUUUCUGGCCAGAUCUCUGCAGGGAGUUGGCUCCUCCUGCUCCUCUGUGGCAGGUAUGGGAAUGCUGGCGAGUGUGUACACGGAUGAUGAGGAGAGGGGGAACGCUAUCGGCAUUGCACUGGGAGGACUCGCUAUGGGGGUACUGGUUGGUCCCCCAUUUGGCAGUGUGAUGUACGAGUUUGUAGGAAAAACUGCUCCGUUCCUUGUCCUGGCUGUUCUGGCUGUGCUGGAUGGAGCUCUGCAGCUGUUUGUGCUGCAGCCUUCUAAGGUUGCACCAGAGAGCCAGAAGGGAACGCCUCUGAUGACCCUUAUGAAAGAUCCAUACAUCCUUAUUGCAGCAGGGUCUAUUUGUUUCGCUAACAUGGCCAUUGCAAUGCUGGAGCCUGCCCUGCCGAUCUGGAUGAUGGAAACUAUGUGUGCCAGAAAAUGGCAACUAGGAGUUGCCUUUCUGCCAGCCAGCAUCUCUUACCUGAUUGGGACCAACAUCUUUGCUGUUCUGGCGAACAGAAUCGGGAGGUGGCUCUGCUCUCUCAUAGGUAUGCUGCUGGUUGGUGUCAGCAUUAUCUGUGUGCCUUUUGCCAAGGACAUCUAUGGACUCAUACUGCCCAACUUUGGAGUCGGCUUUGCCAUUGGCAUGGUGGACUCCUCCAUGAUGCCAAUCAUGGGAUACCUGGUGGAUUUGAGACAUGUCUCUGUAUACGGGAGUGUGUAUGCCAUAGCUGAUGUCGCCUUCUGUCUCGGCUUUGCUUUUGGUCCUUCAGCCGGUGGAGCUGUCGCACGCAGUAUCGGCUUUCCAUGGCUGAUGACCAUCAUCGGCGUGGUGGAUAUCCUCUUCGCUCCCCUGUGUUACUUUCUGCGCAGCCCCCCUGCCAACGAGGAGAAAAUGGCCAUCCUUAUGGACUCCAACUGCUCCAUGAGAACGCGUUCCUACUCCACCCAAGGCUCCAGUUAUCAGAUGGGAGAUGACAUGGACCUGGACAGCCCAGAAUAA